CUGCGAAGGGCAAACUGAAUGCGCCUGCCAUCACUCUCAUCCGUCAGUGCUGCUAUCGCUGUAUCCACCUUGCAAUCAACAUCUCGUUCAUUGCUGGACGCUUCAAGAUGUCUGACUAUGGCGGUGACGAAGGCGGCUAUGGCAUGGACGAGACUGAAGAUGUCAUCUACGAGCCAGAUGAGAAUCUCGAAGAGUUUGCUCCGGACGUCGAGAUCGAUGAGGCGGCCAUAGAAGCCCGCGCUGUAGCAGAUGAAGGUGAUGAGAAGACAGUCGUCUCUGGUGACCCAAAUCAACCCGCGAAACCCUCAAGCGACGCCGACAAGAAAAUUCCAGACGACAAGAGAACCACCACCCCUUACAUGACAAAAUAUGAGCGCGCGAGAGUUCUAGGCACAAGAGCCCUGCAGAUCAGCAUGAAUGCACCUGUGUUGGUGGACCUGGAAGGAGAAACUGAUCCACUACAAAUCGCUAUCAAGGAAUUGAACCAGAAAAAGAUACCGCUCGUUGUCCGCCGUUACCUUCCCGAUGGAUGGUAUGAAGACUGGACAUGUGAAGAGCUGCUAUGAUCAAGCCAUGGUACACUCCACAUUUUAUCGCACGGACCGAAUGUCCUGAGGCGAUCGAUCGUUCGAAAAGACUUGUCACCGGACCGGCCAUACUGCCCGGAAGUCAGCUCGACCCGUUCAACGGCUGAAUUGAGCUUACAAAGAUGGGCAUCUGGAUCGAUCAUGGUAGGGUCCACGUUGUGUUCUUAUCAGGAAUGCAAAACCGCCAGCGAGGAGUCUAAAAACCCAGCCCCCAGUGGGGUUUGGCCCGAGACUGUUAAAAUACCCAGAAGCCCAUGCUUCGGCACUACGGACGUUUACCCAAAUAUGCGACGGUCAGAAACUCAUUCAGCCUCCCUCUAAGCACUUGAGUCUGUGAACGAGCUCGGUGCUGAGGAUUCCUACCUUUAUUGGCAGACCUAUGCUUGCAUGGAUAACGUGGUGGCUCAGAGAGGCUACAUGCCACAACGAUGAAGAACAUGUACGAACAAUAAAUCGAAAUUCAUUACCGCCAAUACACCGUCGUCUUGUCCUGUCCAAACGCUGUUUCCACAUGUUGACUGCACUCCCACUACGGCGGGUCAACAGCACUUUUUAUAUGUUCUUGUGGAGUUCAAAGAUGCAGGCUUCUGCGGCUUCUCCUUACGAGGCAAGCUCCCUGAAUGAUGGAGGCGUCCUUCGCCACACGUCCUGUUAAAGGGAUUCGUCGGCUUCCUUCUAUCAGACCAAGAUUUCUCAGAACGCUGUUGCAGAUCUUCAGGCAAGGAAUGGUUGAUGUGGCGAUUCCACCUAUCAUCUUACGCCGGGCCUUAAGGUCAACAUCCUAGUCUUUAGUGUCCGUCAUAUGGUCGCAUGCCCAAAAGAGGGUGGCCUCAACAACCCUUGAGCUUAUGCGUUCUUAUGGCUCCACGUGUGGCUACUACUUUGGGGCUGAAAUGAGCCUAGCUCGAGCUGAAAUAGCUCAAUGAGGAAUCCUGUGCGAAUCUUACCGUAACUACUCCACACAAUGCCUUUUGUCAAUCCUUUCCUAUACUUUUUCAGUCUGUCAAUGCUAUCCAUUAACUAUAAC